UCAGCAUAAUGACACACCCAAUGUUUGCUUUCUACGUUGCAUGCCUGCUUUUGGGAACAUUGGAUCUUUUGACAACUCAGGAAUUAUCAUCAUCUUUACAAUUUCACUCAGUUGAUAUUGGUCGAGACGUGACUUUGGAAUGUUUAUAUGAAGACAAUGUUGCAGUUAUGUUGUACUGGUAUAGGCAAACUCUGGGACAGAAACCACAGUGGCUGUCUAAAUUCUACAAGCACGAGCAGAGCGGCACUUUUAAUGAUGAAUUUGAGGACAAUCCACGGUUUAAACUGGAAACUGGCCAUGGUAAAAAUCACUUGAAGAUCUUAAACGUGCAAACAUCAGACUCUGCCAUUUACUACUGUAUUAGUGCCUUUUCAUAUUCGUAUACAUUUCUGGAGGGCUAUGUGAUAGACGUGAAGGGUUCGGGGUUGAACAUUCGCACUUCAGUCCAUCAGUUGUCAAAUGAAACCGUCGAGCCAGGAGUGUCCUUGUCACUGAACUGUACAAUACACACUGAACCCGGGACCUGCGAUGAAGAAUACAGCGUUCACUGGUUCAAAAGUUCUGAAGAAUCAUUUCCAACUAUGAUUUACACCCAUGGAGGGAGGAAUGAUGAGUAUUGUGAGAGCAAUCUCACCAUACAGUCCCACACCUGCAGAUACAACUUGCCGAUAAAAAGCCUGAAUCGUUCUCAUGAUGGCACCUACUACUGCGCUGUUUCCUUGUGUGGACACAUACUGUUUGGAAAUGGGACGAGGGUGGACGUUAAUGAUGAAGUGGGGUCUCGUGUUUUGCUGUACGUCUUGAGUGGAGCGUUGGCAUUCACCACCAUCCUGCUGCUUUUCUUGGCUUACAUGGCGUGUACGUUGCACAAGAGAAAGAACUGCAAAUGUACAGGGAGAUCUUCAGCUGCCUCAACUCAAAAUACCGGUCACCAAGAUGCCGAUAGUCUCCAUUACGCUGCUUUACGAGAAACCAGGGUCGCCAGACCAAGAAGUCAGAGGGACAACACCAUGACUGAAUGUGCGUACUCUGCUGUGAGGAAGUAGAGCUGGACUUGUUUCUGU